AUGAUUUCUCCAACCAUAACCCGGGAAAUCGGCACACCGAUCAUUCUAUCUGGUAUCCCCUACAACGUGCAUUCCUACAGCGGGGUUAAAGAAGGUGCGCCCAUCAUUGUGCCCCAUUACGGCGCAGGCGAAAUUGUCGAGGAGCGAGUAGGGGGGACGCCGAUUGUCCUCAACGACCGUGCUCGUGGAUAUAUGGGCUCUGGUUCUACCAAGCAGGCCAUUCCUGCGCGUGCUGGUAGAUCUAGGGAAUUUGAUUCUAGCGAAAGGGUCGUUCCUGCCGGUGGGAUUAGCUUCGAUUCCUAUGGACCAGGUACCCCGCCGAGACGUGUUAAAUUCGAUUCCUCUCGGCCGGCUCCACCGCCCAUUCAGUAA